CCUCCGUUUAUUACGUUACGGCCAAUCGUGUCGACAUGCGGUCUCUCGCAGUUGUUGGUUAUUUAUUUCUGAUCGGCAAUGUUCUGUCUGAAGAAACCGAGUCACGUGUGAUAGUCACAGCCCAAGGCCCCGUGCGGGGCUACAAGGAUCCUAUUGACGAUGUAUUUGCAUAUUUUGGCAUUCCUUACGCCAAGGCGCCUACUGGUUCACAAAAAUUUAAGGCACCUCUACCGCCUCCAAGCUGGCAAGAGCCAUUUGAUGCCAUUGACUCUGGAGUAAUAUGCCCGCAAACCGAUACCUUUUUCGUGCAAAAUAAAACAAAUAAAGAGGACUGUCUUAUAGCCAACGUCUUUGUACCCGAUACUGAUGAAAAAAAUCUUCCAGUUGUGGUAUACGUUCAUGGUGGUGGUUAUAUAAUUGGAUAUGGAAAUAUGGGCACUCCUAAAAAGCUUGUUAACCGUAAAAAAAUAAUCGUAGUAACUUUCAAUUAUAGACUCGGCGUCCAUGGUUUUCUCUGCCUGGGUACCGAAGACGUACCUGGUAACGCAGGUAUGAAGGACCAAGUGGCAUUGCUGCGCUGGGUUAGAGCUAAUAUUGAGAGUUUUGGUGGUAAUCCUCAUGAUGUGACGAUCGCUGGAUAUAGCGCUGGAGCUUCUGCGGUGGGACUCCUAAUGGUUUCAAAGAUGGCCAAAGGUUUAUUUAAUAAAGUAAUACCAGAAAGCGGUGACUUAAUCGCUCCAUUCAGUGUCCAAGUCAAUCCUAUUCAUAACGCAAGGGAGUACGCAAAAUUGUUAGAGGUUGAUAAAGUACUCUUAGAUGAUAUAUCUAAGCUAGAGAGCUUUUACAAAAGAAGUCCUUAUGAACUGUUACAAUCUGGAAACGUCAUACAUAGAUCCGAAUCCAAUUUUCUUAUGGCGCCUUGCGUAGAACGUGACGUCGGAGAAGAAAGAUUCUUAGAAGAAAAUCCUAUUAGCUUAUUGAACAAAGGCGAUUUUGAAAAUUUACCAAUAUUAUACGGUUUUGCUGAUAUGGAAGGGCUGAUGCGGAUUGAUAUUUUCGAUCAGUGGAAGGACCGAAUGAAUGCUAAUUUUGAGGAAUUUCUUCCAGCUGAUUUGGAGUUUACAAAUAAAGAGGAAAAAUAUACAGUUGCGCAAAGCAUUAAAAAGUUCUAUUUCAAAGAGAAGACCGUAAGCGAAGAUACUAUUUUAGAUUAUGUAAAUUACUUUACAGACGUAAUGUUCGCAUGUCCAACAUUAAGAACUAUAAAAUAUUUGUUAGAUGCUGGUAACAAUCAGGUAUACUUGUACGAGUAUUCCUACGUCGAUGACAGUACGCCGGUAGUUCCUUACACUGAAGUGAAGGGCGCUAAUCAUUGUGCGCAGUCAGUAGUAGUUUCAGACGGACUUAAUUUUACUCAUCGCGAUGAAAGUGAUAUUUCAAAUGAGUUGAAACAAUGGAAAAUUACAAUGAGAGAAAUUUGGCUCAAUUUUAUCAUAAAAGGAAAACCUGAAAGCUCCGAUAUUCCGGAAUGGUUACCAGUGAGCGGGGACGGAACCCCCUACAUGGUUCUUAAUCAAGAACUCAAACUAAAAGAAUCUCUGUUAAAUGAUCGCUGCGCUUUCUGGGAGAAGAUUUACAGCAAAUAUUAUCAAAGCCCUGUUCCACCUGCGCCGCAUCUAUCGCCAAUAAAAACUGAACUGUAGGAAAAAACACAACAAAAUAGGCUUUACAAUAAAAUAUCUAAAAAUAAAUGGUUAUCUUUCAUUA